UCGGCAUUCCUUUCUCUUGGUUUACUUCUCUAGCCAUCUUCUCUCUAUGGUUUGAUGAGGUCAUAGCCUCGCGCCGGAAGAGAGGAAAGGCUGAAAAUCAUGGCGGCAGUGGAUAUACGAGAUAACCUCUUAGGAAUUUCCUGGGUUGAUAGCUCUUGGAUUCCAAUAUUAAACAGUGGGAGCGUGUUGGACUAUUUCUCAGAGCGUAGUAAUCCAUUCUAUGAUCGAACAUGCAACAACGAAAUGGUCAAAAUGCAGAGGGUCACUUUGGACCACUUGAAUCAAAUGAUUGGCACAGAGUAUAUCCUCCUCCAUGCACAAGAGCCUAUUCUCUUCAUCAUUCGUAAGCAACAGAGGCAGUCUCCAACUCAGGUUAUUCCAUUGGCUGAUUAUUACAUUAUUGCCGGAGUGAUAUAUCAGGCACCUGACUUGGGGUCAGUUGUAAACUCUAGAGUGCUCACAGCAGUGCAUGGAAUCCAGUCAGCCUUUGAAGAAGCAAUGUCCUACUGCCGCUAUCACCCUUCCAAAGGCUAUUGGUGGCACUUCAAAGAUCAAGAGGAACGAGAUAAAGCCAAACCAAAAGCCAAGAAGAAGGAGGAACCAAGCUCCAUUUUUCAGAGGCAACGUGUGGAUGCCUUACUUCUAGAUCUUAGACAAAAAUUCCCUCCCAAAUUUGUGCAGCAAAAGCCUGGAGAAAAACCUAUUCCAGUGGAUCAGAUCAAGAAAGAGCCAGAGCCAGCCCCUGAAACUAUAAAACAAGAAGAGAAGGAGGCUGCCAAAAUAACUCAGCAGAGCACUAGUACAAAGGGACCACCAGAGAAACGGAUGAGAUUGCAAUGAGAGGAGUGAACAGAUGCAGUGAACUAUCAAGGACUUGGUGUAUCGAUGGGUUUUGAAAGCGUAUGCCUCCUCCCAUGCAGUGUUGAAUUUCCGUAUUGUAUCAAUGCAAAGUAAAAUAUUAUUGCAUAUUUUGUAUUAAUUGCCAGCUUCCAAACAAAAUAAAGUUCUUACUGAGUUUGAAA